GGACUACCUUUCACUGACGGACCACCAAGCUGUCAAAAAAUCGAAAUUUAUCCGUUUUAGCUAGAUGGAAGAUCUGUAUAUUUUUGUAAUCUUAUUUCAAUUUCAUGCUUACUUAACUUGAAAUUAAACGUAUGUAGUGUACACCAUAUAUACGUAUCUAGCUAAUUUUAGAAUUAUUUCUGCGUUCGUUCAGAAUUCGUAGGUGAAGAUGGAGAAAUUCGAAAGGUACAUUUUCACUGCUCUCUGCAGCACCAACUUUUUGGUUUCGUGUCUCCUGUUCUCCAAAAUAACUCGGGAGCAAAGGGAGCCCUACAUGGACGAAAUAUUUCACGUCCGUCAAGCUCAGAAAUACUGCUACGGGAAGUUUAACGAGUGGGACCCAAUGAUCACCACGCUUCCUGGCCUGUACCUGGCGUCAGUGGGUGUGAUCAAGCCAGUGGUGUGGCUAGUGGACCUCACAGGGAAGGUAGUGUGUUCUACGGCGAUGCUGCGCUUCAUCAACCUCCUCUUCAACGGUGGUAUCCUCUACCUGCUGUAUCUCAUCAUCUGCAAGCUCCACCUUAAAGAGAAGACUGCCUCCCGCAGAGUUCUCUCAGCCCUGUCCCUGUCCACCUUCCCCGUGCUCUACUUCUUCAACUUCCUCUACUACACAGAUGCCGGAUCUACUUUCUUCAGUCUCUUCACGUACCUCAUGACCCUGUACGGCUGUCACAAAGCCUCGGCACUCAUCAGCGUCUUCGCCAUAUUCUUCCGCCAGACCAACAUCAUCUGGGUGGCGUUCUGCGCCAGCACGGUUGUGGCCAACAAGAUGGACGAAACUUGGAGGACAGAACAGUCGAAGAAAAAGGACGAUAAGUCGCCCUGUCAGAUACCUUUCUCCGUAAGCGGGGUGAAGAGAGUGAUGCGUUUCCUGUUGGAAUUCCUGACCACAGCCAAUCAUGUGAAGGCUGUGAUGUUAGUGGCGUGGCCGUACGUUCUUGUUGCUAUGGGUUUUAUUGCAUUCAUUGUGUUGAAUGAUGGGAUCAUAGUCGGAGACAGAUCCAGUCACGAGGCCUGUCUCAACUUCCCUCAGCUCUUCUACUUCUUCUCCUUUGCCCUCUUCUUCUCCAGCCCCACAUCGCUGUGCUACCACCGAGCUCUCCGCUUCAUCCAGAACCUCAAGAAGCAGCCACUGCUCUACUUACUGAUCACGGGACUCUGCCUUCUCCUAGUGUGGAAGUUCACCUUCGUACACAAGUACCUCCUGGCCGACAACAGACACUACCCCUUCUACGUGUGGAAGAGGAUCUUCCAGAAGCAUGAGGUGGUGCGUUUUGCCCUCAUCCCGGCAUACGUGUUUGCAGCGUGGAACUUCAUGGACACUCUGAAGUCCCGGUCACUGUUCUGGAGCCUGGCAUUCCUGGUGUGUCUGCUGGCGGCCACAGUGCCUCAGAAGCUGCUAGAGUUCAGGUACUUUAUUGUUCCGUACCUGCUCUACCGCCUCCACAUGCCCCUGCCCUCCCUCACCAGACUGGUGCUGGAGUUCCUGUUCUAUACAGCCGUCAACGCAGCCACGCUGUACAUCUUCAUCAACAAGACUUUUCAAUGGCCAAAUAGUCCGGCUGUACAGAGGUUUAUGUGGUAGCCUAAACUGAACAGGAGGAAACCAGUUAUUAACCUAUAGGUUAUACUUUUUCUAUUUAAAAUGAGCAAGGCCAGGAGUUUUUCCUGUUGUGAUGAGAUCAUGCUCAGGAAACAUCCCUGGCCCUAAAUGUGAGAAAAUGCAUUUCAUGUGAAGAAAGCUUUGAAGAGCACAAGUUGUUUUAUUGUGUACAUUUGAACUGUAAAUUGUACAUUGAAUGAUGUAAUUUGGAUGGAGGAAGAGACUGAAAAAUGUAAAAGCCAUAUUGUAAAGCAAGAAUCUGUGUUUUAUACUGUAUGGUUUAAAGAAAUGUUAUUUGUUUUGAAGAACAUUCAUGACUUAUCUUAAUUGAACUCUGUGGUAGAGUUACGUGUUAUUUGUCUUUAUUUCUAUAUUUAAUUCAAACAGAUGUUUAAAGGUUGAUAGAGACUAAAUGAUGUGGCUCUCUUUGUAAACAUGCAACAUCCUUGACUGUAUUCAAAGAAAUGAGUCUUAUGCCCUAUUCUAUAUCGGAAAUAGAAUCAAUAAACCAUGUAAACAAACAUCUGUGUUUACAUUCUGCUGCAAUAUUCUGAAGAGUAAAGUUGUGAUAUACAAUGGGUUAUAAUCAUCUUUCUUUCUUUGUGCUGUAUUUGAGAUGAUCUAAAUCCUGCCUUCAAAUGCAUUCCCUUGAAUAAUGUUCCUGAACUUCUUUGUUUUUCUUGUGUGGUUUGUUGCCCUAAAAUUCCAGAACCAUUCUCUGUUCAUUAGGCCUAAGAUAUCAUCCAGUAGCUUAAAUAGUCUUUAACGUACAGUACCAGUCAGAUUUGACACACCUACUCAUUCAAGUUUUUUAAUCUAUAUUUUUUAUACUAUUUUCUCUAUUGAAGAAUAAUAGUGAAAACAUCAACUAUGAAAUAACACAUGGAAUCAUGUAGAAACCAAAAGUGUUAAAUCUAAAUAUAUUUGAGAUUCUUCAAAGUAGCCACCCUUUGCCUUGACAGCUUUGCACACUCUUGGCAUUCUCUCAACCAGCUUCAACUGGAAUGCUUUUCCAACAGUCUUGAAGGAGUUCCCACAUACGCUGAGCACUUGUUCGCUGCUUUUCCUUCACUCUGCGGUCCAACUCAUCCCAAACCAUCUCAAUUGGGUUGAGGUUGGGUUAUUGUAGAGGCCAAGUCAUCUGAUGCAGCACUCCAUCACUCUCCUUCUUGGUCAAAUAAAUCACUGACAGUGUCACCAGCAAUGCACCAUCACACCACCUCCUCCAUGCUUCAUGGUGGGAACCACACAUGCGGAGCUCAUCCGUUCACCUGCUCUGCGUCUCACAAUGACACCGUUGUUGCAACCAAAAAUCUCAAAUUUGGACUCAUAAGAUCAAAGGACAGAUAUCCACCGGUCUAAUGUCCAUUUGUCAUGUUUCUUGACCCAAGCAAGUCUCUUCUUCUUAUUGUUGUCCUUUAGUAGUGGUUUCUUUAUAGCAUGAAGGCCUGAUUCAUGCGGUCUCCUCCAAACAGUUGAUGUUGAGAUGUGUCUGUAACUUGAACUCUGAAGAAUUUAUUUGGGCUGCAAUUUCUGAGGCUGGUAACUCUAAUGAACUUAUCCUCUGCAUUAGAGUAACUCUGGGUCUUCUAUUACAGUGGCGCUACUCAUGAAUCAAUUUUGAAUAAAGAUGAUUGUUUGAA